AUGGAUGACAUCGAUAGUCUAGGAGGCCUCCGUGGUCUCUACCAGGACUUGUCCACCAUCUCGGAGUCGUCUAUACCCAACAUUGAGCGUCUUUGCAUCGAGCUAGAAGCGCACCUGCAGGACUUCCGCAAACUCCUUGACAAGGCUCCCAAGAACAACACAAGCCGUCAAGCUGUGCUCUCGGGAAAGAUAAAGAUCGGAGACGUCGACUAUGCGAUUAAUACCGAAUUUCAGCAGGGUGCAUUGCAAAUCGCGGAUGCCCUCAACCUCGAUGAACUGGAAGCAGCGGCGUUGUUUAUGGCUGCUCAAGAGGAGGCGCGACAGCUGGAUCGGCCACCAGUCAUAACAGCCGUCAUGCAGUUUCAUGAGCGCAGGCACUUCCUGCUUGAAUGCUUGCGUCUUAUCUUUCUCGAGUCCUUCAACGUGGAGAGGGAGGACAUCCAAGAGCUGAUGCAGAACACAGUGGCCCAUAUUCUGGAGACAAAGAGUGGGACGUUUCGAAAUGCGUCAUUAUUUGCAAGGAAAUGUUUGAGCUCAAUGGAGGAUAUAGAGAAAUGGCUGUCGCUCCUUGCUGAACAGGUGCAAAAAGCCUCAAUUGUCGGUCAAACAGAAGAUAUGGAUAUCAUGGAGGCGUUAGAGUACCAGCGUACCAGCUUAGGGCAACAGCACGAGUCCCUUGGUGUCAUCCUGUGCUACCUCUUCAAAGGAAAUUUCACAACUUCCGAGGAUCUUCGAUUGCUCAUGGAUCGGAUGCGGAAGUUGGAGCGAUUCGAUAUGCUACUAGUUCACUACAUACCUGCGAUUAUUGCUGCGCUCGUUCAGUACGGCUCUCCAGAAGGUUCCGGUUCUCAACGGGAAGCGCGGAGUCUUCAUUCAGUCAUUACUUCUUCUAAAGAUAACAACGCGUGGGUAUUGGGUCCAUUCCAUGCAGCCGUAAUUGCAUGGUGGCUAGCAGUAUACAGCGGGUGGUACUUUGACUCUGGGCCAACUUCUCCCUUGCAGGGAGUGGAUCUUGAAAAAGAGGCAGAGGAGCGUACGAAGAUGUUCAUGACUGCCCUGGAUGAUGGGGCUCUCGAGUUCAUGCUCGCUAUUUGCGCUGGGAUCAAUAGCGACGAAUGGCGAAAUCCAGCUAGAAACGAGCUGGUAACACUUUUGUUGAAAGAGAGUCCGGCAGCAAUGCUGGAAGCGGAGCCCGCCUCUGGAUUCCUGAAAACUCUCCUGAUGGAACAUUUUGAUGUCUUCACCGAAUCAUGCAUUGCCAACAUGCCUGACGCUGUUCGGAUGCUCAAGUCUGAGGAAGAUCUUCAGAGACUGAACCAAAUCACUGCUCUUAGGGACGGGCUGAACUCGAAUCCGCAUCGUGGCAUAGUGGAGGCUCGCACUCACCUCGAAUCAUUUCUCGUGAUCAUGGCGUUCGCAUUUGAGAACAGACACGACGCUGCUCAGGAAUUUUGGGCCGAUCACGAUGGGAAUUUGUACGGCUUCCUUCAGUGGGCAUCCAAGCGCCAGACCGUUCCGCGGGUCAGUGCCUUCUGUGAAAUGUUGUGUUCUAUAUCAGAAGGAGAGGACAAUGCUACUGCGGCUCAUAGAUUUCUCCUGGAGGAAGAUAAACACAUGUCGGUCAAGUUCAGGAGGUCGACAUCCAUGAACUGGACUCAGAUGUUUGCAGAACUCCAACUGUAUGCAUCCAAGGUUACGGAAAAGCCGUCAACGUCCCAGACGAUUCUCCAUACCCGGAAGUCUGAGACAGCCGACAUGAACGAACCAGAGAGUCCAGUGAUGCUAACUUGUUAUCUUCGGCUAAUGGGACACUUGUCCAAGCAAAGCGGUUCUAUCAGGGACUGGAUGCUACAUCAUCCCACGUUCAACGUGGUUGGCACGCUAUUGACACUCUGCAGCGGCUCGAUCCCUACGCACCUGAGAGCAAGCGCAUUCGGUACUCUCAAGGCCCUGAUGACCGAUCGAUCAUCUGCCCACGGGAACGAAAUGUGGCUGUCGAUCGAUCAAUGGAUUUCAGGCGCUGCUGUGAAUGCUCCGGGUCUUGCCAAAGCGCCAAUGCUGUCAAACCAACCUGCAUGGCAUGAACGGCAUGCGUUCCAGAAGAUUGGCGAAAGUUUCGAUCAAACAAAUGCUUUCGUCGAAUUGAUCCACGCCUUGGUCUCCCCGAGUUCUGAUCUACCUGACCAACAACUUGCUUUGCCCUUCCCGGAGUCGCUAGGGGCGUCCUAUCGAAUGCCAGGCAUCGAACCCUACAUCGAUUUCAUCUUAGGACAUGCUUUCGCAAGAAAGGUGCCAGAUGUCACAGAGUCACAAGGUCGCUUGCUCGCCUUGAAUUGCUUGAGCUUUGUCGCGACGUGCCUGGCAACCUUCAACGAAAAUCUUGUUGUCAUUGCCCAUCAGCCUUCUGCAAACUCGGAUUCCAGCAUCAAUUCCUCAUCACUAAACACCUAUAUCCGUCUUCAUCCUUUUGCUCGCGUUUUCGAGUGGCUCUUCAAUGAGGACGUUAUCAAGACCCUCUUCGUGGCAUCACACCAGGACAUAUCUGAAGUCGCAAAAGCCUCAUCCGAAUCUGUUCUCAUCCUCUCACUGGUCAGGAGUAUCGAGGUGAUGAAUCUGGUUUUGGAUCUUCAGUCGACCUAUCUAAACAUUGUUCGUCCGUUGAUAAGAACUCAGGCAGCCCCGAGCAAAACUAAUGUUGCAAAUUCUGCGCUUGCCUCCUUCGAAGACAGCAUCUUGAAUAAUCUUUCCCUUAUUCCGGAUUUGUGUCUUUAUUGCGGUACCGGUCACCAGCAGCUCACUGUCGUGUCAAUGGCCCUCUUAGAGAAGCUGUCUAGCUCAAGGAAACUGAACAAAACGUCGGCGUCUGAUUUGUUGACUUGGAGGUCUCCGAACAAGAUUGUAGAAGUCUUGAGCACGGAAAUCGACGCGGACAGCGUGGCACGCCCUCUCGUCUCUCAGAUGAGACCUGACCUAAGAGAGAUAGAGUAUGGCCCAACGUCCUCGGGAUAUCUCAUCAGAGAGGGCCUGCUCGGUCUGCUGAACAGUUGCCUUGAUAUGAUCACCGACCGCCCCACUGUUGCUCAUCUUCUCCUCGGAUUUUCGUGCAUUGGUAAUGUACUAGACGUCUCUCCGAACGGUUUGUUCGCAAGCGGGAUGUCCUUGCUACAUGCCAUCAUCAACUUUAUGCAGAUUUAUCCCACGGAGAUCGACGGGAGUAUCACGUCGUGGACUGUCCAUGCCAAGCGGAUGGCUUUCGAAGUUCUUAGACACCUCUGGUCUUCCAAGCUGUCAUCCUCCUUCACCCUCAUAGAACUCCGCAUGAAUCGGUUCCUCAUGACUUCGUUCGCUAGCCAGCCUGUUCUCCGACCUAACACCCUGUGGGAUAAUCUACCAACUUCGACCCCCGAAUUUUGGCUGACAGACUCGGCGACCGCGCUGUCAGAAUUCCUUGUCUAUCGGAGCCAUCUCUUCGACUAUGCCGUAACGGAGAUUCGUUCUGCCGCCAAGCUUGGCUCACGAACACUCCAGCGAGACAUCUUAUCGACAUUGCUGGGGUCGUCUACAGUUGAACCUGGCGAGACCAUUCUCAAUCCGACCGUUUUUGACCUCUUUGAUUUUGCAGACUUGGACGUACUGGAAGACUUCAGCCCUCCCGAACUGAACAUUCUUACCGGCAUCGAUUUCGAACUAUGUGCCAAACCUCAAGCUGAUGAUUCCCUGGUCCUAUACGAUCUCGAUGCAGCCCAGGAACUAAUUCAGCUAAAGCGGAAAGAGUUGGUCCAGAGUGGCCAGUUGCGAACACAGGAUGAAGAACAGCUGCAAACUGAAGUUGAACAUGUUCUCGCGUUUCUCCGUGUGACAAAUCAGAAACGGCAGAUUAGAUACAAUCGCUACUUGGCGAUUCGAUCUUGGACGGAGCUUGCUACAGCCAUGAUUGUCUCCUGUGACAUGGAAGGCGGGCGCCGAACAACCUUUAUUCUUCAAGCCAUCCAGCUGAUUCUUCCGAAACUCGAGGUUUCUACCGUCGAUAACGUCCCUGAAGCGAUUGAGUUGGCCCGACUUGCUGAGACUUUGAUCAGCAAACUUGAGCCUUCCACAGGGGCAGAUCACUCUAACAGAGGCGGGGAUGUAAUCGAUGAGAAGUUGUAUCAGCUGUUCCAGGUCAGCAUCAGAGGCAUCUCUCUGGCAGUUGGAAACGUGGUUCUCCGGGAGUCUUUUUACAACAUUUGCUCUCAUUAUCUCUCGCGUAUCACGUCCCCGGGCUCAACUCAUAAGGAUCUCCGACGGCAUAGCCAGCAGACUGUUAAGACUGCUGGUGCUACACUCGUGGAGGCAGUGUGUGAUGACGCAUACGCAGGCCAGGAAACGUGUAGGGUGUCUGCGCUUCUGCUCCUCAAUCUGCUGGCGGCUCUGGAUUCUCGAGAAAACUCUGUCUUGCUGGCAGAUGCCAUCUCUCAAUCUAACUAUCUGAGCAUGUUCCUCGACGCUAUCAAGGCGUUGCCGUCGGAAUUCCGUAAUGCUCAGGCUAGUGGUGAGUCAGCUCCGUCUUCAUCUGAAUACGUGAAUACAGCUAACGAAAUUGCACCUAGACAUUCCUUUGCUGCUGUCCUAUUACGAAGCCCUGCUGUCCUUGCUCCAACAACUCUGUCAAACCAAAGUCGGAGCGGCGCAUGUUCUCAAUGCCGGCUUGUUUGCCGCAAUAUGGACAACCCCGAUGCUCUUCGGAAUUACUAUCAGCUACUCCUCUCAAUGCUCCGAGUCAUUGUUUCCGCCGUCUUCGCCCGGGGAGUCCAUAAUGAACAAAUGAUGGAACAGACACGAGCUUUCCUUGCUGAAAAUCGCCAGAGCAUGGUCGGGGUUUUCAAGCGUCACGCCCGAAUCGGCGGAGCUGCUGCCGCUGACUGCCACGAGACGCUGAACGAUCUGGUCAAGUCAUACGUGGCCCUUAUUAGCGCUACUGGAUUUGUCGAGGGCGGCAAGCGCAAGUCUCUCGGAAAGAGGAAACUCUCCGACCACGAGCGCGAGGAGCCACAGCAGAGAACCAUCUCAGAGCUUUUGUCCAAGGGCAACAGCAGCAGCACGUCUCACGCCAGCGACCAGCAGCUUCCGUCAUCGCCGACGAGUGCCAAACGGUUUCGAGCGUCGUCUCCCUCCUCAGACCCUCCGCUUUCGAACGGCGGCCAGGAUAGCCUUAUCUCCUCCAACAAGAUGUACAAUUUCUCGAGUUCAGAGCCCAAAGCGAACGGUGGUUUGGGGCAGAAAGCCCCAGGCUACGGCGCCUCCCCGCGACCGAGCAACUUCACGCCGCACACGGGAGCGAAGAAGCUUGUGGUCAAGAACCUUCGUUCAGGGCCUAAGCUGAAUCAAGACGCGUACUUCGACAAAGUCUGGGGCCAGCUGGACGCAGCACUGGUGGCUAUCUUCGAUCGCGGGAAGCCGGCAGCCUCUUUGGAAGAACUAUACAAAGGAGCGGAGAAUGUUUGUCGCCAGGGGCGAGCAGCGAUGCUCGCAAGGAAAUUGCAGGACAAGUGUAAGGAAUAUGUGUCCCGCGAUCUCCGGGAAAGCCUGGUGGCCCGAGCAGAGGAUGGAAAGAACGUCGAUACGUUGCGGGCCGUAGUCGAUGCUUGGACAACGUGGAACUCAAAGCUGGUGACGAUCCGAUGGAUCUUUUAUUAUCUGGAUCAAUCGUUUCUGCUGCAUUCCAAGGAGUUCCCGGUCAUCAAUGAGAUGGGGUUAAUUCAAUUCCGAUCGCACAUUUUCUCUGAUCCGGCGUUGAAAUCGAAGAUCCUCCAGGGCGCAUGCGACCUAAUUGAAGCCGACCGGGAAGACAGGGAAAGUGGUUUGGUCGCUGAUUCCACCCUCCUGAAAAGGGCGAUUACUUUGUUCCACGAUCUAGGUGUCUACACGAGCGAUUUUGAACCUCGUCUAGUUGAGGAUUCAAGGAAGUUCUUCUCUUCAUGGGCCGACAGAGAGGCGGAGAGUCAAUACAUCGCUACGUACGCCGAAAACAGCCACCGCCUAAUCGAGCGAGAGUUGAACAGAUGCGAGCUCUAUUCUCUCAACCGGAGCACACAGCAGAAAUUAUCGACACUUCUGGACGAUAAUCUGGUUCGAAAGCAAGAAAGCGUGCUUCUAAAUGAGAAGGAUGUUAUAGGACUCAUGCAGACAGCCGACCAGCAUGCUCUAGAACGGCUCUAUUCAUUACUGGAGCGCAUUAAAUUUGGCUCGAAGCUGAAGACCGCGUUCACCAAGUACAUCGACGAGGUAGGCACCGACAUCGUCUUUGACGACAAGAGGGAGAGCGAGAUGGUGGUUCGUCUGUUGGAUUUCAAGAAACAACUCAACGACACGUGGGAAGGAUCAUUUCACAAGGACGAAACGCUGGGCCAUGCUCUUCGCGAAGCGUUUGAGACCUUUAUGAACAAAGGCAGAAAGUCCGAAGCCACCUGGGGCACGGACAACCCCAGGACUGGUGAAAUGAUUGCUAAGUACGUGGAUAUGCUGCUCAAAGGCGGUCUGAAAGUCAUUGGAAAGAAGGCCGACGAUGAAACGUUGGCGGAUGAGGACACGGAGAUCAACAAACAGCUGGAUAAAGUGCUGGAUCUGUUCCGAUUCGUGCACGGAAAAGCGGUUUUCGAGGCAUUCUACAAGAACGACCUUGCACGCCGCCUGCUCAUGGGUCGAAGCGCCAGCGACGAUGCAGAGAAGAGCAUGCUAGCCCGUUUGAAGACAGCGCGAGCGGCGAGACCGUCCGGCUCUGGAUCUGAACGUGAGUGUGCUGUCAUCCGCGGCGUGGCCAACGUAUCCGGAU